CAAGUUUCGGCCUCCUCAGCUCAGGGUGGAAGUUCCGUCAACAUCGGUGCUAGAAAGCCUGCAGACACAGUGACGUCAGACCUGCAAUCUCCCAUGAUUUCUCACCCGUCGGCCACGCGUAACACGACUGUUUAUCUCCAAGACGCAUGUCUUCUCCACCGUUAUAUCCGCUCGCGCGACACCUCAGGCGUCGUGGAACGCCCCCAACGCGUGCGUGCUGUCAAGGUCGGCCUCGCGGCAGCGCUUGCUCGUCUGGAGGGUGCAACGGCGCGUCAGCUUGGACACGAGAAUGCCUCACGUUCCGAACCCGGCAGGCUUUCUGGGAACGCUGUGGUAGAGGCUAAAGCAGGCGCCUCAAGUUUGCUAUCCGCGUCUGAACCGGACGACCUCGCGUCCGCGCUGGGCCGAUUGAAUCUGGCAAAGGACGACACGAGCGCGAUUGCCCCCGGGAUACGUGUGCCAGGGGUAAAUAUCGUCAAAAGUACCGCUACCGUAGACAUCCUCGACCACGCUGCUGUCAAAUACAUACAUGGCGACAUUGAAGGUGACGUUUAUCUCGAAAAUAUCAAGGAGUGGGCACGCACAAGUAAAGAAAAGAUCGUGGAGACCGGUCGCGAGAUACCCGAAGGAUACCCACCGCUGGAUCUCUAUCUCUGUCCCGAAUCCGUCGACGCGAUGCAAGGCGCUAUCGGUGCUGUUUGUGAGGCUGUGGAUGAUGUCUUGUCUGGAUCAACUGGAGAUCCGCGUUCAGACCACGCGUUCGUCGCCGUCCGACCACCAGGGCACCAUUGUGGAGAGGAUACACCGGCUGGCUUCUGCUUCGUCAACAACGUCGCGAUUGGCGCGGCUCAUGCACACCUCAAACACGGCAUAAAUCGAAUCGUCAUUCUGGACAUCGACUUGCACCACGGCAACGGCACGCAGUCCAUCGUGUGGCAGAUAAACGAAGAAUCGUAUAGACAGGCUCUUGAGUCUGAGCAAGCGCCGGGGACUUCUCAAAAUGCCGGUCCCCGUAUCUACUACGGAUCAUUGCAUGACGUUCUAUCCUUUCCUUGCGAGGACGGGAAGCCAGAACUCGUGCAAGCUGCGUCGGUCUCCAUCCACGGCUCACAUGGACAACACAUCGAGAACAUUCACCUCCAAGCCUACGAAUCGGACCAACACUUCUGGGGAACCUUAUACAGCUCGAAGUAUCGGAGGCUUCUCUCAAAAGCUGAAGAGUUUCUCAACAACACGGGUGGUCCAGGCGACGAUGUUAUCUACUUUAUCAGCUGUGGCUUCGACGCCUGCGAACACGAGUACGAAUCGAUGUCUCGGCAUGGUCGCAAGGUGCCGACAUCGUUCUACCACCGCUUCACACGCGAGAUAUGCGCGUCCGCCGAGCGCUACGCGCGCGGAAGAGUUAUUAGUGUUCUUGAGGGCGGCUACAGUGAUAGAGCCCUCGAAAGCGGUGCGAUGGCCCAUCUUUGCGGGCUCGUCGAUCCAAGUGCCGGCGCAAUUGACGAGGACUGGUGGAGCGUUGACAACCUAGUUAAGCUCGAGAAAGCCACAAAACCUCGCAAAGGAGGUCGCCAGUCUAUCAGCACGUUUGCCUCAGAACCAUGGCUCAGCCGAGCGUCAGAGAUUCUUGCGUUCAUGGAGCCUACAUCGUCUUCGUCCUCAAAGAAGGCUUGGAUGCAUCCCAGCUCCAGCUCUAGGAGUCUGCGGGACCGCAAGAAACCAGAUUCCAGCGUCAGCUCCACGACUUCUCCGGCUGCAUCGCCAAGGGGCAAGAGUGCUGCCAAGAAGGCACCCAAGGCCAGUCGGCCGCUCUCGGACAAGGAAUCGUCACCUACCACUGGGUCAGCCCCGGACCAGUCAUGGUCUUCUAGUAGCAGUGUUUCAGAAGGAGACGUUAAGCAGGAGGUCAAGGUAGAGGACGGAGCGCCCUCAAAGAAGCUUCCGAAGGUGAUAUUGCGUGUGCGACCCCCGGCGGAUGCGCCAUGAUUCGUGAUUUUGCUUUCUAGUUUGCAUCGGUCUUGUGUGAUUUUUUGCUGUCUAUAUUUGCAGCCAUACAUGUCUGCUAUUCUGAAUCGUGAUCCCUCAGAAUCUCUUGUACUAUAUACAGAGGCUCUGAUGCAUAUGGACAAAGCUUGGAGGGUCUAGUCUAAGUCUGCGACUGCAGGAACACACUUCCGUCUAUUCAUAACUACUGUACUACAGCGCAUACAAGGUUAAACUAAUAUACCACUCUAGC